AGGACGUCAGUGCACGACCGAACGUGACUGCAUGGGGCGCCGCUCACUCCAUCGCUGCACUCCAAACGCGUUUAGGGCACGACGACCACAAGCAGCAGCCUUUUCCUCUUAAUUGGAACACCCUAGACCCCCGGCUGUGCAAGCCGCGCGGUCCUCGCAUUGAAUUGACAUUAGGGUUGCGUUUCGGAAAAAGAGAACAACACCCCAACGGCGACUUGCCGAUUGUUGCCUCUGCGGCCCAUAUAGCGAUCCAUCAUGCCCCAGCCAGUGGGGCAGCUGGUGCUGCCUUCAGCACCAGCUCAGUCAACCCCGCUGCACGCGGUUACUGCUUUUCCGCGCCUAGCCGCCGGAAGCAUGGCUCGUGUGGGCGUGCCUCGCAGCAGCGCUGCUGCCAGUCGUCCGCGUGCUGCUGUUCGGCCUCGCUGGCUACCUCUGGGCCCCGGCCUGGGCAACCGGCUGGUCCUCUGUGACGCGCAUUCCGCGGUUCCUCCGGCUCAAGGUCUGUUUGACCCGGAGAACGACAAGGACGCCUGUGGUGUGGGCUUUGUGGGAGAGCUUUCCAAGAAGCCCUCGCGCAAGUGCAUCAAGGACGCGCUGACCAUGCUCAAUCGAAUGACCCAUCGGGGCGCUUGCGGCUGCGAGGCGAACACCGGUGACGGCGCGGGUAUCCUUGUGGGCAUGCCGGACGGCUUCUUCCAGGCGGUGCUGAUGGAGGAGCAGGGUCUGAAGCUGCCGCCUCUGGGGGCGUACGCGGCGGGCCAGGUGUUCCUGCCCCAGGACGAGGAGGUGCGCCAGAAGGUCAAGGACAUCUGCGACCGCGUCGCCACCUCGCUGGGCCACGUGAGCCUCACCUGGCGCCCCGUGCCCACCAACAACCGCUCGCUGGGCAAGUCGGCGGUGGACACGGAGCCGGCCAUCGAGCAGUGGUUCAUCACCAGCACCGGCAACCGCUCCUCUCUGGAGGUUGAGCAGCAGCUGUACCUGCUGCGCAAGCAAAUCGAGUACGCGCUGCGCGCCGAUGGCAUCAAGGACGACGAUGCCUACUUCUGCUCGCUGUCGUCCAAGACGAUCGUGUACAAGGGCCAGCUGACGCCGGAGCAGGUCCGCGUGUACUUCAAGGACCUCCAGCGCGAGGACUUCCGCUCCUAUAUGGCGCUGGUGCACUCGCGCUUCUCCACCAACACGUUCCCCAGCUGGGCCCGCGCGCAGCCCAUGCGCAACCUGGGCCACAACGGCGAGAUCAACACGCUGCGCGGCAACGCCAACUGGAUGCGCGCGCGUGAGGGCGCGAUGGCCUGCCUCAAGUUGGGCCUGCCCAAGGAGGUGGUGGAGCAGAUGGAGCCCAUCGUGCCGGCCAGCAGCAGUGACUCCGGCGCGUUUGACAGCGUGCUGGAGCUGCUGACGCGUGCCGGCGGCCGCGACAUGCCCGAGGCCAUGAUGAUGCUCAUUCCGGAGGCCUGGCAGAACGACCCGCUCAUGAGCAAGGAGAAGAAGGCAUUCUACCGCUACCAUAGCGCCGUCAUGGAGCCGUGGGACGGCCCCGCGCUGGUGUCGUUCACGGACGGCCGCUUCCUGGGCGCCACGCUGGACCGCAACGGCCUGCGCCCCGGCCGCUACUACGUGACCAAGAGCGGCCGCGUCAUCAUGGCCAGCGAGGUGGGUGUGGUGGAUGUGGACCCGGAGGAGGUGGUGCGCAAGGGCCGCCUCAUGCCCGGCAACAUUCUGCUGGUGGACUUUGACGAGCACCGCCUGGUGGAGGACAAGGAGUUGAAGGAGCGCUACGCCAACCGCCGGUCAUACUCCAUGUGGCUGGAUGAGCACGCCCUGACGCUGCAGCAGCUGACCGCCUCCGUGCCGCCUGAGAAGCGCAUCCCCGCACCGCUGCCGGGCUCGCGCCCCGUGUCAGCGCUGCUGCCGGCCGCCGCGUCCAACGGCAAUGGCAACGGCAACGGCAACGGCAAGACGGCUGCCUCCAACAUCGUGUCCUUCACGCCCGCUUCCAACGGCGCGGCGGCGGCCGUCGCUUCUGAGCUGGACGCUGGCGUGCAGUCGCUGCUGAAGCCCCUCAAGGUGUUCGGCUACACCCGCGAGGCGCUGGAGCUGCUGAUGGGCCCGAUGGCCAAGAGCGGCGCCGAGCCGCUGGGCUCCAUGGGCAACGACGCCGCGCUGGCCGCGCUGUCUCGCCGCAACCGCCUGCCGUUCGAGUACUUCAAGCAGCUGUUUGCGCAGGUGACCAACCCCGCCAUCGACCCCUUCCGCGAGGCGGUGGUGACGUCGCUGCGCUGCUUUGUCGGCCCUGAGGUGGACCUGACGUCGGAGCCUGGCCCGCAGCAGUGCGCGCGCCUGGAGCUGCCCCAGCCCGUCCUGGACAUUGACGAGAUGGAGGCGCUCAAGAAUAUCGACCACCCCGGCGGCUGGAAGACCAAGGUGCUGGACUGCACUUUCCCCGUGUCGGAGGGUCCCGCGGGCCUGCGCAAGGCGCUGGACCGGCUGUGCCAGGAGGCCGAGGCCGCCGUCAAGGCCGGCCAGUACGCCAUGAUCUGCCUGUCCGACCGCGGCUACGGCCCCAACCGCGCGCCCGUGCCCUCGCUGCUGGCCACCGGCGCCGUGCACCACCACCUGGUCCAGCUGCGCCUGCGCUCCAACGUGGGCCUGCUGGUGGACAGCGGCGAGCCCCGCGAGGUGCACCAGUUCUGCCUGCUGGUGGGCUACGGCGCGGACGGCGUGUGCCCCUACCUGGCCUUCGACGCGCUGGCGGCCAUGCAGCGCGACGGCAAGCUGCCUGCCUCCACGCCCCUGGAGGAGCUCAAGUCCAAGUUUGUCAAGGGCCUGGGCGUGGGCAUCCUGAAGACCAUGGCCAAGAUGGGCAUCAGCACUCUCCAGAGCUACAAGGGCGCCCAGAUCUUUGAGGCGCUGGGCCUGGCGCCCGAGGUGGUGGACGUGUGCUUCCGCGGCACGCCCACUCGCAUUGGCGGCAGCGGGUGGGAGCAGCUGGGCCGCGACGUGCUGGCCCUGCACGACGCCGCCUUCGCCAGCGAGCGUAUGCCCGACGGCUCGGCCGACGCCAAGGCUCUGCCCAACGCCGGCGAUUACCAUUGGCGCAACGCGCCUGACGCCGAGCGCCACAUGAACGACCCCGAGGCCAUCGCCAAGCUGCAGGCAGCCACCAGCGGCAACGACCGCGAGCUGUACAAGCAGUACUCGGCGCUCAACACGCGCCUCAGCCGCAACGUGCAGCUGCGCGGCCUGCUGCGCUUCAAGACCGAGGCCGCCACGCCCAUCCCCAUCGACGAGGUGCAGCCGGCCAAGGAGAUCGUCAAGCGCUUCGUGACCGGCGCCAUGUCAUACGGCUCCAUUUCGCUGGAGACGCACACCACCCUGGCGCUGGCCAUGAACACGCUGGGCGGCAAGAGCAACAGCGGUGAGGGCGGCGAGAACCCUCGCCGCUUGGAGCCCCUGGCGGACGGCAGCAAGAACCCCUUCCGCUCUGCCAUCAAGCAGGUUGCGUCGGGCCGCUUCGGUGUGACCGCCUACUACCUGACCAACGCCGACGAGCUGCAGAUCAAGAUCUCGCAGGGCGCCAAGCCCGGCGAAGGUGGUGAGCUGCCUGGCGACAAGGUCAAGGGCGACAUUGCCGUCACCCGUGGCUCCACGGCCGGCGUGGGCCUGAUCAGCCCGCCGCCGCACCACGACAUCUACUCGAUUGAGGACCUGGCGCAGCUGAUCUACGACCUGAAGAGCUCCAACCCGUCGGCCCGCGUCAGCGUCAAGCUGGUCAGCGAGAACGGUGUGGGUGUGGUGGCCAGCGGCGUGGUCAAGGGCCAUGCUGACCACGUGCUCAUCAGCGGCCACGACGGCGGCACCGGCGCGGCCAAGUGGUCGUCCAUCAAGCACGCCGGCCUGCCCUGGGAGCUGGGCCUGGCGGAGACGCACCAGACGCUGGUCGCCAACGACCUGCGCGGCCGCACCACCCUCCAGGUCGACGGCCAGCUGCGCACCGGCCGUGACGUGGCCAUCGCCUGCGCUCUGGGCGCCGAGGAGUUCGGCUUCUCCACCGCGCCGCUGAUCACGCUGGGCUGCAUCAUGAUGCGCAAGUGCCACACCAACACCUGCCCGGUUGGCGUGGCCACCCAGGACCCCGAGCUGCGCGCCAAGUUCGCGGGCGAGCCGGAGCACGUGAUCAACUACUUCUUCAUGGUGGCGGAGGAGGUGCGCGAGCACCUGGCCUCGCUGGGCCUGCGCAACCUGGACGAGCUGGUGGGCCGCGCCGACCUGAUGGAGAUGGACCGCGAGGCCAUUGCCGAGGGCGGUGCUAAGCUGGCGGGCAUCGACCUGGGCCGCCUGCUGACGCCCGCCGCCAGCCUGCGCCCUGGCGCUGCUCAGCGCUGCGUGCAGAAGCAGGACCACGGGCUGGACGCCGGCCUGGACGUACACCUGGUGCCGCUGUGCAAGGCCGCGCUGCCGGACGAGCCCAACGCCGCAUCCGAGCCGGUGUACAUUGAGAUGGAGGUGCAGAACACUCACCGCGCCGUGGGCACCACGCUGAGCCACGAGGUGACCAAGCGCUUUGGCGACGUCGGCCUGCCCGACGACUCGAUCCACAUCAAGCUGACCGGCCACGCCGGCCAGUCGCUGGGCGCCUGGCUGUGCCGCGGCAUUACGCUGGAGCUGGAGGGUGACGCCAACGACUACGUGGCCAAGGGCCUGUCCGGCGGUGUGGUGGCGGUGUACCCGCCCCGCAUCAGCACCUUCCGCGCGGAGGACAACGUGAUUGUGGGCAACGUGGCGCUGUACGGCGCCGUGCGCGGCGAGUGCUUCAUCCGCGGUAUUGCGGCGGAGCGCUUCUGCGUGCGUAACAGCGGUGCCCGCGCUGUGGUGGAGGGCGUGGGUGACCACGCUUGCGAGUACAUGACUGGCGGUGUGACGGUGGUGCUGGGCCCCACCGGCAAGAACUUCGGCGCCGGCAUGAGCGGCGGCAUCGCCUACGUGUACGACCCCAACGACAAGUUCAAGUCGCUGUGCAACGUGGACGUUGCGAACGACCUGCUGCCGGUGGAGUCGGCGGAGGACGUGCGCGCCCUCAAGUCGCUGAUCCAGCGCCACCUCAAGUUCACUGGCUCGGACGUGGCCCGCCGCAUCCUGCUCAGCUGGGACCGCUCGCGCGUGCACUUCAAGAAGGUGUUCCCGCACGAGUACCGCCGCGCCCUGGGCGAGGCCGAGGCGCUGGCUAAGGCCGAGGCAGCUGAGGCCGCGCUGCUGGCUUCCUCCGACGCCAAGGGCCUGUCGCCCAAGGACGCCUUCGAGGAGCUGAAGGCCAUGGCCGCCGCCGCCGUCAAGUCGGGCCAGGCGCCAAAGGCGCUGACGCUCAACAUGAUCCCCACCGCCGACGCGCAGCAGGACAAGCGCCGCAUGCAGAAGCUGGCGCGCGAGGGCCUGCCCGUCAAGGGCAUCUCUCCCACCUGGGAGGCCGGCCGCCCCACUAUCGUCGCCGCCACCGCGCCCGCCGCCGACAAGGUGCGCGGCUUUGUGAACUACGACCGCAAGCCGCUGCCGUACCGCGCCGAGGCGGAGCGCAUCAAGGACUGGGAUGAGGUGCACGACCACAGCGGCACCGCCGCGCACGCGGCGCUGCUGCACACCCAGGCCGCGCGCUGCAUGGAGUGCGGCACGCCCUUCUGCCACACCCAGUCCACCGGCUGCCCGCUGGGCAACAAGAUCCCCGAGUUCAACGACCUGGUGCACAAGGGCCGCUGGCGCGAGGCGCUGGACCGCCUGCUGGAGACCAACAACUUCCCCGAGUUCACCGGCCGCGUGUGUCCCGCGCCCUGCGAGGGCAGCUGCACCCUGGGCAUCAUUGAGCCGCCCGUGUCCAUCAAGUCCAUCGAGGCCACCAUCAUCGACAAGGCCUUCGAGGAGGGCUGGAUGGUGCCGCGCCCGCCCAAGCUGCGCACCGGCAAGCAGGUGGCCGUGGUGGGCAGCGGCCCCGCCGGCCUGGCAGCGGCCGACCAGCUGAACAAGAUGGGCCACGAGGUGACCGUGUACGAGCGCGCGGACCGCGCCGGCGGCCUGAUGAUGUACGGCGUGCCCAACAUGAAGGCCGGCAAGCUGGACGUGGUGCAGCGCCGUGUGGACCUGAUGGCGGCGGAGGGCGUCAAGUUCGUGAUGAACGCCCACGUGGGCGGCAACGUCACGGCGCAGGACCUGGUGGGCAAGCACGACGCCGUGGUGCUGGCGGCCGGCGCCACCAAGCCGCGUGACCUGCCCGUGCCCGGCCGCGAGGCCUCGGGCGUGCACUUCGCCAUGGAGUUCCUGACUGCCAACACCAAGUCGCUGCUGGACAGCGACCUGGCUGACGGCAAGUACAUCAGCGCCAAGGGCAAGAAGGUGGUGGUCAUCGGCGGUGGCGACACCGGCACUGACUGCAUCGCCACUUCGCUGCGCCACGGCGCCACCUCUAUUGUGAACCUGGAGCUGCUGGACAAGCCGCCGGCCACCCGCGCCAAGAACAACCCCUGGCCGCAGUGGCCGCGCAUCUUCAGGGUGGACUACGGCCACGCCGAGGCCUCCCACGUCUACGGCGCCGACCCGCGCACGUACAACGUCAUGACCAAGCGCUUCAUUGACGAUGGCAAGGGCAACCUGAAGGGUGUGGAGAUCGUCACCGUCAAGAUGGAGAAGGAUGCCAAGAGCGGGCAGUUUCGGCCCGUGGAGGUGCCCGGCAGCGAGAAGGUGCUGGAGGCCGACAUUGUGCUGCUGGCCAUGGGCUUCACCGGCCCCGAGGAGCGCCUUGCCACCUCGCUGGGCAUCAAGACUGACGAGCGCAGCAACUUCAAGGCUACCUUUGGCGAUUUCGCGACCAGCAUUCCCGGCGUGUUCGCGGCGGGCGACUGCCGCCGCGGCCAGUCGCUGGUGGUGUGGGCCAUCCGCGAGGGCCGCGAUGCCGCCGCCUCGGUGGACAAGUACCUGCAGCAGAAGGCUGGCAAUGGCCUGCUGGGGCAGGCGCUGGACGUGCAGGGCGGCAUCUUUGACGUGUCGGGCGCGCCCAUCUCGGUGCCCCAGGCCGGGCCACCCCGCGACACCUCCCCCAAGCGCCCGCCCGUGGCGGUGUAAGCAAGGGACGCUGGAGGACUUCGGGACUUGGCGUGUGUGUGUGGGAAACUGGACCAACGGGACACUGGGGAACAGCCGCGGCCACAUGUUGCGGUGGUGCUGCGGUAAGCAACUUGAAGGCAGCGGAAGGGGAAAGAGAUGGUUGUAGACUAAGAGACUAGACGAUACGUUUGCUGCGUUGUGUAUGGGUUUGUACGGGACAACAACAUGCUUGCGCAUGUAUGGAGGGGGCGAGCGUGUUGACAACGCUACGCGUGCUGAGAUUGUAUCUGCAGCGGCGCGUGCUGCAGAUUCUGUAGAUUACGGUUUCGCAGCCUAGGUAGCGAUUUGGCGGGCAGUGAGCGCCAUCACAAAUUCUUUGCUCGGUCUUUGCCGGACGUGGCAAAGGACACGAACCUUGGUGUUUCGAGGUUGGCACCGAAAUUUGGUGCCCUCUGUGCUGUGUUGAGUAGUUUGUGGACAGGGGCGAGACCCCUGCUUGUGGAUGUAGACCUCUCCAAAAGUUAAAGAUGCACAUCGGCACGUCCCAGUGUCAGAUGGGCAGGAUUAACUACUACAUAGCCGGAAAGGCUGUAAUAUGCGCAUUGA